AUACAAAGAAUAUGUGCAGAUUGUGAUGUGCGAAAAGGUAAAAAAGCAUGUUCAAAAUGUACGGUAACGCGAAAACGAAAAAAGCCUGCUAACAAAAUAUAUAAAAAACGAUAUUGUUUGGAUUCGAAUUUUUUUUUUGGCUGCAACAACAGAAACAGAAGAAUGAACAACAACAACGUUAACUGGAUAUGGAUUACAAUUACGAUUGUGCUGUAUAUUUUAUUGCAGCUGACAACAAUAACGCAAGCAAGUCAAGCGCUCACGUUUACGCUGGAGCCGCAGGAUGCUGUGGUACCCGAGGGACACUCGGUGCUUCUACAGUGUGCCGGACGUGGGCAGAUUAAGCAAGGGGGCAAGGCCACGCCCGUGAAUAUAUCAACAACCAUACGCUGGCGUGGGCCAGAUGGCCAGGAUCUAGGCAUUGUAGGCGACACGUUCCGCACACAGCUAACGAAUGGUUCGCUGUAUAUCAGCUCCGUGGAGGACAAUCGUGGAUUGACCGGUGCUUAUCAGUGUCUGCUAAGCGCCGAUGACAUUGGCAGUGUACUCAGCCGUCCUGCACUGGUGUCCAUUGCCAGGCAGCCGGAGUUGAAUCAGGAUUUCAUUGAGACUUAUCGGCUACCCGGAGAAACGGCGUAUUUUCGCUGCCUGGUAGGCGAGCUUGGAUUGGGGCUCGUGCAGUGGUACAAGGAUGAACUACCGCUGGUGUUGGACAAGCUGAGAAUGGUGGUGUUACCCAAUGGCGCUUUAGAAAUUGAUGAAACUCGACCUGCAGAUCGUGGUGCCUAUCAGUGCAAUGUCACUUGGGGCAGCUUCUCACGCCUCAGCAGCAAGACGAAUUUGAACAUCAAGAACGAGUCGGCGAUGCAACCGGUAGCACCCGCCUUCCUAGUGGGUCCGUCGCCUAAGACAGUGCGUGAGGGCGACACUGUCACGCUCGAUUGUGUGGCCAAUGGUGUACCCAAGCCGCAAAUGAAAUGGUUACGCAAUGGCGAGGAACUCGAUCUCAAUGAUCUUGAUUCGCGUUUCUCUAUCAUAGGCACCGGCUCACUGCAGAUUUCCAGUGCCGAAGACAUUGACUCGGGCAACUAUCAGUGCCGCGCCAGCAAUAUUGUAGAUUCUUUGGAUGCACAAGCCACAGUGCAGGUCCAAGUUCCACCCAAGUUUAUACAGGCACCGCGGGACCGGGUUGCUGCCGAAAAGGAGGAUCUUACGCUUGAGUGCAAUAUCCACGGCAAACCCAAACCAAGCAUACGCUGGCUCAAGAACGGGGAUCUAGUCACGCCUAACGAGUACAUGCAACUGGAUGCUGGACACAAUUUGCGCAUUGUCGGCCUCUUGCCCUCUGAUACGGGCAUGUUCCAGUGUGUUGGUACUAAUCCUGCUGGUAGCGUACACGCCUCCGCACGUAUACGUGUUGUGCUCCCAGGAGUCAACAAGAAACAACGCAAGUCCCAAGGGCAAACAACCAAAUCGUUACAUAAUGAAGACACUAGCUUAAAGCAACGACGAAAACUUUACAACUCGAACGAAUUACGCACUAAAGCGGGUGACAACGAUUACAGUUAUGGUGUGGGGGAAAGUGAGGUAGGCAGUAAGACUCGACAACAUAUACGUAAAUUAAUGCGUCCGCUGAACGAUCGCGAUGGGGUGGCGGAUGCACUGCGUCGUCAGGGUGACCUGAGCGUAGACGAGAGCGAUGAAGAGAAUGAGGACGAUGAUUAUGAGGGUGACAGCGACAAACAGGCCUUGAUCGAGGCCUACAAGCAGGGCGAAGAUGCCAACAAAUUACUGGCCAAGUGGCAAAAUCGCAACAAAAAAUCCCAGCAGCAACAACAACAACAAAUCCUUCCCAAAUCCUCUACAGAGCUUAGCAGCAGUGAUGAAAGCAAGAAUGACAAAUCUUUGAGCAGCGGACUGUUAUCACGGCUACCAGGCCCACCAAGAAAUCUCAUUGCGCAGAUAGUAAAGCCACGCACUGUAACCCUUAGCUGGCAGGAGCCACUGCAUAAUGCCAACGAGAUAGUCUUCUACACCAUAUACUAUCGCAUGAACAACAGCGAGCGCGAACAGAAGCUAGUCACCAAGGCCCACGAUGAUCUGCAGCUAAGCAUACAAUCGUUGUUGCCGGGACGCAUUUAUCAGUUUCGUGUGGUAGCUAACACGAACUUUGGACAGGGAGAGUCAUCGCCGGCACUGGCGACCAGUACACAGGCCGAAAUGAACAUUGCUGGACCGCCACGCAAUGUGGAAGCCUAUGCGCGUAGCCACAACGAAAUUUAUGUGCGCUGGGACAUGCCAACAAUAACCAAUGGAGAAAUACUUAAGUAUCGUGUCUACUAUUCUGAGAACGACAGUGGUGCGGAUAUUCAUAAUGACAGCACAUCGCUGGAUUAUGUGAUACGUGAUCUGCGGCCCUACACGGACUAUGUAAUCAGCGUAGUGCCCUUCAAUCGGAAUGGCAUGGGCGAUCCAUCAGCUGAGCUUAAGGUGAAAACAUACUCGGCCACACCCUCCGAGCCACCCAACAAUGUAACUUUAGAGGUGACCAGCUCCAGUUCCAUCACAGUGCACUGGGAGCCGCCAGUCGAGGAAGAUCGCAAUGGUCAGAUCACUGGCUAUAAGAUACGUUAUCGGAAGUUCAAGGAUGCACCACAAGUUAAGAGCACUCCGGCCAACAUACGCUAUUUUGAGCUAAACAGUCUGGAUCGCAGUACCGAAUACCAGGUGAAGAUUGCGGCAAUGACAGUGAAUGGAUCUGGUCCAUUUACCGAAUGGUAUCGCGCCAGUACUCUGGAGAACGAUCUAGAUGAGACACAGGUGCCAGGCAAGCCCACAUGGAUAAGCAUACAGCCAGGCGCGGAUAAUAUUGGCUUGUACUGGGGUCCGCCGCAACAGCCAGAGAUCAAGAUACGCAACUAUGUGCUGGGCUGGGGGCGUGGCAUACCAGAUGAAAACAGCAUUGAGCUAAAGGAUACCGAGCGGUAUUAUGUGCUCAAUAAUCUCGAAUCCAAUGCCGAGUAUGUGCUGUCCUUACGAGCAAGGAAUCGUAAGGGUGAUGGCCCUCCCGUCUAUGAUAACAUUAAAACGCGUGACGAGGCGCCAUUGAAUGUGCCCUUACCGCUGGAGGUUCCUGUUGGUCUACGUGCUACAACUAUGUCUAGUUCGUCCAUUGUGGUCCACUGGACAGACACGAUGCUCAGCAAGAAUGAGUUGCCCAACGACAAUCGCCACUAUACGGUCAGCUAUGGUAUGCUUGGUUCCAAUCGCUAUCGCUACCACAACACCACGCAGCUUCACACUGAAAUUAACGAUCUACGCCCCAAUACACAAUACGAAUUCGCAGUAAAAGUAGUUAAAGGCCGGAGUGAAUCCGCCUGGUCCAUGUCCGUUUCGAAUGUCACCUAUCAAAAUGUACCAGUAUCACCGCCGCGUGAGCUUAGCGUGCGACAGGACGAUCAGAAUCCGUAUAAUAUCAUUGUCCAAUGGUUGCCCCCGAGGCAUACGGUGGGUCAAAUUACAGGCUACAAUGUUUUCUACACCACAGAAACCACAAAACGUGAUAGGGAUUGGUUUAUUGAAGCAUUUAACGGGCAAGAGACUAUGCUUAUGCUUCCGAAUCUAAAACCACAUACUACCUAUUACUUUAAAGUGCAAGCUAGACUCGGCAAGACCAACAACAAAGAGCGUGAAAGCAAUGCGCCCUUCUCAACAUUGGUGGCAUUUACUACAAAUCCCGCCGUGAUUAUGCAUGAGCUAGACAUGGGCAUUGGCAAGGGCAUGGAUAAUCAGAACCUUCUUUAUAUCAUAAUUGGUGGCACUGCGUUGGUGCUGCUCCUGUUGCUGCUUGGGCUGCUGCUCCUCUGUCGCCGCAAGCCGCAAUCUUCCCCGGAGCACACCAAGAAGAGCUAUCAAAAGAACAACGUGGGUGUGCCCAAACCACCAGAUCUGUGGAUACAUCAUGAUCAAAUGGAAUUAAAGAACAUUGACAAGGGUCUGGGCCACAAUGCAACGCCUGUUUGCAGCGAUAAUGCCUCCAGCAGUGGCGCCCUAACUUUGCCACGAUCCGUCGUGCACAGCGAGUACGAAGUGGAAACGCCCGUACCAGGACACGUGACCAACUCGCUGGACAAGCGGUCCUAUGUUGCCGGGUAUAUGACGACUUCAAUGAACUCCACAAUGGAGCGUCCUCAAUAUCCACGCACGCAGUAUAAUCAUCAGAAUCGUUCGCACAUGACUAUGGACACUGGCCUUUCGCAGCAGAGUUUGUCGCAGCCACAGAACAAUUCGUUAGUGCAGACCCCAGAGCAUCCCUAUGGCGGGUACGAUGCCAAUUUCUGCAAUACAGGCACUGGCGCCGCUGGCAAUGGAUGCGUGUCCACCAUUGAGAGUGCAAAGCGUGGUCACCCGCUCAAGAGUUUUAGUGUACCAGGACCACCGCCCACUGGGGUUGCUACGCCCCUCAACAAGCACACUCCUGCUGUCACAAUACGUCCACAGAAUCAAUCGCCUUACAAAAAGCCCUCAUUUUCAGCUAAUACGCCAAAUCGACUGCAAAGCGGCGGCUCGGUGGCCCACUCCACCGAUGAGAUACAAAGACUGGCGCCUAGCACAUCCACCGAGGAACUUAACCAGGAAAUGGCCAAUCUCGAGGGACUCAUGAAGGAUCUGAGUGCUAUUACAGCCAACGAGUUUGAAUGUUAACAAAGUUGACGCUCCACCCCAAGAAGAAGCGUAAUUGACGAAAAUUUGAUCAAAUUGAGCUAAAAUCCUUCGUCAAAUAUAUUCAUUUGGAAUUGCAGAUUAAAAUAUAUGUACACAAGUCGGCAUACAUAUUUCAUCAACCAAUUCUUCCUAUUAUUCCAUUAAGUAACAUUUCUAAAUCAUUUAAGGUAAGCUUUCAAAGAUAUAUGCAUAAAGCCAGUUCUGCAUGAUAUCAAUCCAUAUAAAAUUCA